UGGAACCCCACUACCACAUCUCAAAGACCCUUUUUAAUGCCUCAAUCAUGAACUCCUCCUUGGUUUCUCCAAUCUCAGUUUCCUCUGUGUCUUUCCUUCUCUCUUGCAGACACAUUAAUUAGAGUACCAUCAUUAAGUCAAUAUAUAUUUGAUUCUGUGAUCAUUUAUGGCUUCCUUUGGGUCAUUCACUGCGAUCUUCCUCGCCUUGAUAGCGUCCCAUUUUUCAUCCUCCUUGGCUUCUCCACCAAGUGUGCGUUUCUCAGCCAUAUCAGCAGCACCAACAGUAUUACCUGGUGCUCCUCUGGCCUCUACUCCUCUCUCCCCAGAUAUUGAGCCACUCUUCCCCUCUCCUGGUAAAAGUGCUUUCUCACCAUCCGAUUCUUCGUUGCCCACCAUUCCAGCGAGCCCCAGUCCUCCAAAUCCAGACGCUUUCGGUACUCCAGGGCCAGUAAUGGCGUUUCCUCCAUCUGAGUCUGUGACAGCCCAUGCCCCUGUUUCACACUCUUCAUCUCACCCUGUGAAUCUCAUCUCAUAUCUGGCCUCACUGGUAAUUUGCCUGAUGCUGCAGUUUCAUGGCAUGUGAUUCUGAAAAGAUGCUGCUGUUUCUACUUUACUGUUCUUGUCGCUAUUAGAGCAUUCCCUUUUCUGAUCUUGUUUUUGGUACAUUGUAUGAGGCAUGAGGCACUGUCGAAUGAUGCUUCUAGGUUAAUAUUAAUAAUCUUUUAAUGUUGGCAAGAGUUAUCUUUUAACUAUUAACCGUCUGUGUUUAUUUUUGUGUGCUGGAAAUUUUCUUUUACAUGUUUUUUCUUCUCAAUGAGAGUAACACCUUCCACCGGCAA